AUGACUCAACAACAACGCCUUCGUCGCCUCGCUCAUCGACUCGGUCGAGCGAGAAUUUGGAUGUGGAGAGAGCCUGCAAGACGGAGCGUAAGUGCAGGAGCCGAGAAGAGAUCCUCUCUGCAUCCACCAAAACCACAAGAAAUCCCAUUUAUGGCCGAAGAGGAAAUUAACGACAACUCAAUGAAAGGAGCUCGUCCUGGUUUUGAGUCGACUCCAUUGAGAACCUCGUCGAGAAGAAGUGUUCGCAGUCAAAUGGCUGCUGAAGUUGCACUUAGAUACGACUCGGUGCACUCAGUGCUUGUCGAUUUUUGCAACCGGACAAGCAGUCAUGGUAUUCCAUUUUUUGGAUCAAGCAGCUUCUGGCCACGUCCCAUUUGGGUGUCAAUUUUCAUUUUCUGUACGAUUUUUUUUCUCAUUCAAACGUACUUCACUAUCGAUGAAUUCUAUGGUUAUCGAACAAUUUUUCAAUUGAAUCUCAAAUUUGAACCAGCUCCAUUUCCGGCAGCCACGGUUUGCAAUCUGAACCCGUACAAAUUCAGUGAACUGAAGAAAUUUCCUGAGAUUGCGAAUGCUAUUGCAAAAUGGGAAAAUGCAUUGACAGAAAAACCUGAUCUUUCUUUGAGAAUUCUUGAAGCGACGGGGAAACGAAAGAAACGUCAAGCAGAAUUUCAGCCAAUAUUUGUCAGAUGUACCUGCAAUAAUCCCAACGAUCGUUGUGUACCGAAUCGAAAUGAAGAGGCAAAUACCCAAGUUUGUUUAUGUUUUGAAGAUGUUUCAACUGGAUACAUUUGGCCUUGUUAUCCGACAACAGAAUGGACCGUAAAAACUUGUAAUCAAUGUUCUUUCUCGAAUACAUGUGCAGAUCCGGAUCGACCUAACGCAACUAUGCCAUUUAAUCAAAAUGUUUCUUGUCUUUGUCAGGGAAUUUCACAUAAUUGUGUCAUUCAUCCAAAGAAUGAAAUUCGCUGGUGGAAUCCAAAUAAUUACACGAUUUAUCCAGCUGAACCGCCUUCAGCUGAGACGCCUUUCAGCGAGAAUUUGGAUCUUGAGGGUGUUUUCGACAAAGGUACAAUGACAACAAGAAUCAAAGAGUCUGUCAGUUAUAUGGUCUCUGAAUUACCACAAGAAAUCAAACACAAUCUCUCGUACACACUUGGAGAAUUUGUCUUGAGAUGCACUUUUGAUGGUAAGGAUUGCAAUAUGACAGAACUGUUUCAAGUACAUCGUGACGCCGAUUACGGAAAUUGUUAUACGUUUAAUUUCAAUACUUCUCUGGAAGUCAAGUCAAAUCGAGCUGGGCCUCUUUAUGGAUUGAGACUUUUGUUGAAUGUAAAUCAAGAAGAUUAUCUCCCAAUUACGGAAGCUGCUGGAGUUCGACUUGUUGUACAUGAACGGGAUCAAGAGCCAUUUCCUGACACAUUUGGAUACAGUGCGCCAACUGGUUUCGUUUCUUCGUUUGGGCUGAAAACGAAGCUUUAUACUCGUUUACCACAUCCGCAUGGACAAUGUUCGGACAAAGAACGGCCAAAACCAUAUAUUUAUGGAGAUCAUUAUUCUCCUGAGGGUUGCUAUCGCAAUUGUUUUCAAAUGGAAAUGAUCAACGAUUGUGGUUGUGGAGAUCCAAGACUUCCAUUACCCGAUGAACAAACAAAGGCUUGCAAUUUACACAACGCCACUCAAAAAGCUUGUCUGAAGAAGAAUAAUGAAGCAGCUGGUGGGGUGUACCGGACAAAAAAAGCCUGUAUUUGUAAACAGCAAUGCACCGAAUAUUUAUUCGAAACUUCCUACUCAGCUGCCGCAUGGCCUUCGGUGAAUUUCGUUAUUGGACAAGGGUGUCAAGGAGCUCAAGAGAUAUUCAAUGAUUCAACUGCUUGCACCGAAUAUUAUAGAGUGAAUACAGCCUUUUUGGAGAUUUUCUAUGAACAGCUCAACUAUGAGACUCUGGAAGAAACACAAGGGUACACGAUGACAAACUUGUUCGCCGAUUUCGGUGGCAGUAUUGGGUUGUGGAUUGGGUUUUCAGUGAUCACGGUUUUCGAAUUUCUGGAGCUGAUUUUUGAGCUUGCCUACUAUGGAUUUGUUGUGGUGCCGAGGAGAAUUCAUAAAACAUUACUAGAGAAAAAGCAAAGAAAGAAAAGACAUGGAUUGUCAAUUCCUCAACUUCUCUACAAACAUAUGCCGAGUCAUUCGGGUACCAAAAUGUUUCCGAAAAAGAGCUCCAAAGAAGCAACAAAGUCGAAAAGUGAGGAAGCAGCUGUGCUUAGUAAUGACACAAGUAUGGCUACUCUGCCGCCAGAUGGAAAAGAAAUCGACGAAUGGCCACCU